GCAUCGUCGGUCUCAGUGCGGAAGCGCGAAAGAGCUAGGCGGCGCGCGACCCCAAGAUGCCCCUGGCGGGAGACGCGGAAGCGUGGCGGCGGCGGGCUACCCAGAAGAGGCUGGAGAAAUUCGCUGGGAUGAGAGGUAAAACUGUGCAGACUGGAGAAUUUUGGGAUGUUGUUGUAAUAACAGCAGUUGAUAAAAAGCAAGAAAUAGCUUAUCAAAAACAAUUAUCAGAAAAGCUGAAAAGAAAAGAAUUGCCCCUGGGUGUAGGUUAUCAUGUUUUUGCUGAUCCUCCUGGACCAAAAAUUGGAAAUGGUGGAUCAACACUUCAUGCCCUUCGGUGCAUAGAAGAGCAUUAUGGAGAUAAAUGGGAUACUCUCACUAUCAUAUUAAUUCAUUCUGGUGGUUAUAGUCAACGUUUACCGAGUGCCAGUGCCCUGGGAAAAAUAUUCACAGCUUUGCCUUAUGGGGAUCCAAUUUACCAAAUGCUUGAUUUGAAAUUAGCAAUGUACAUUGAUUUUCCUGCUUAUAUGAAUCCAGGUGUUUUGAUUACAUGUGCAGAUGAUAUUGAACUUUAUAAUAUUGAUGCAACAGAAGUCCUAAGGUUUGAUCAGCCUGGAUUUACUGCAUUAGCUCAUCCUUCCAGUUUGACCAUUGGUACAACUCAUGGAGUAUUUAUAUUGGAGCCUCCGUUACAUCUGACAGAAAAAGAACUUGAAUACAGAUCUUGUCAUCUUUUUCUGCAUAAGCCUAGCAUUGAAAAAAUGUAUCAAUCUGGAGCAGUUUUUAAAAGGAGUAAUUAUCAGGGAUCAUCUUCUGGAGAACUAGGAGAUUCACUUGUGGAAUCUGAGUUUGUAUAUACAGAUAGCUUAUUUUACAUUGAUCACACCACUGCAAAACUACUGCUAGCAUUUUAUAAACAGAUAGGCGUACUUUGCUAUGAAAUAGAUGCAUAUGGUGAUUUUAUGCAGGCAUUAGGGUCUGGAGCAACAAAAGAUUAUGCAAAAGUUGAAAAAGUUGCAAAAGAAUCAGGUCUAAUAGAAAUAAGGGAGAAGAUAUUUACUGUACUAAAAGGUUUGCCUCUCAAUGUUAUACUCUUAAAUAACUCCAAAUUCUAUCAUAUUGGGACUACUCGUGAGUGUUUGUUUCAUUUCACUUCUGAUAGAAAGAUGAAAUUGGAGAUGGGUCUGCUACCAAAUGUUUUUAGCAUCUGUUCAAACACUGCAGAAGAUUUGGGUAAAUCAGCAUGUAUCAUUCACAGUAUGCUCAAUUCAAAGUGUUUUGUUGCACCUGGUUCACUAGUUGAAUAUUGUAGAUUGGGAUCUGAGGUUUCAGUGGGAACUCAUAGUAUCAUCAGUGGCUGUUCCAUUGACACAAAAGCAGACAUACCACCAAAUACUUUCAUGACAACCCUGAGCAUAACAAUUGAUGGAGAAUUAAGGUAUGUGAGCAUGGUGUUAGGCAUAGAAGAUAACUUGAAAAAGAAUGUGGCAAAUCUUGCAGAUAUACACCUAUUAAGUUUUUUUGGCAUUGGUCUUAUACAAUGCUUAGAGCUCUGGGGCUUGAGAAUUUCAGAUGAGCUCUUUUCCGGGAACAAGUCAUGUCUAAGUUUAUGGACAGUUAGAAUCUUCCCUGUGUGCCCCCAUUUAAGUGAUUCAGUGAAAGUGUCAUUAGGAAUUUUAAACUCAAUAAAAAAUAAGUCCCCAUUUAAGCUAGAUGGUUUUAAGCUGUUGUCUAUUGAAGAAAUGCUUUGCUACAAAGAUGUGGAAGAUAUGCUGAAGUUCAGGCAGCAACUUUAUGAAGAAAUCAAUCUGCAGAAACUGAAAGAGAAAUCUUUUAUAUAAAAGUGUUGAAAAAUCAUACUUUUCCCCAUAUUUUAAUUCAAUGAGGGCUAAUUGCUUUCAAGGUUUCCAAACCCCAGAAGCAAGUACUAUGCAUAUUUUUGUGUUUCAUUGAAGUAGAAAUAAUGAAACUGCAUUAAGACUGUUAUUGUAGCAUAACAUUAAUAAUGCAAAAAAAUGCAGAUAAACUAUGCUUUUGAUGAAAACAUUAAUGAAAUAUUUCAAAUCUAUAAAAACACAAAGGAGGAAAUUUUCUUUGCUCCAUAUUAUGUUUUCAGUUUUUUAAUUCAAGUGGGAAAUGGAAGUUAUUAAUUAGGAAUUUGAUUGAAAACUACUUAAAACUUUUACAAAGAAAAAGUUACCUCUGACAACAAACUUACUCCUUACAAGUUUGUUCAUUAUAAAUAGGCAAUAAAGUUGUAUUGUACUCUUAAAUGUAUGUUCAUAACACUAUUCUGUGUUUCAUGUGUAAAUUUCAUCUUUAUCCUGACAUCUGUUUACAAGGCUGGGGUCAGGUGAAGCAAAAUAGAUUGAAAUGUAUAAAUUAGGUAAUCAAGAUUCCUUAAACACAUUGUUUAAUUAACUAUGCUUCAUUGCUAAACAUGAAAUGUUAUUGGGACAACUGUCAAAUUUUUAUCAAUUAUAGUUUCAGUAUAGUUAAACAUUAUAAAUAAAAUACCCAAGCUAGAUAAAGAUUAUUAAUAGUGCCAGGUACAUCCUGGCAUUAUCAUUACCACAUAAUUAUGGAAUGCUUUUUCCAAACAGGUUAAAUCCUAAUUUAAUAUAUUUUGGGCAUCAGGGAAAUGCAAAGCAAGUUUAUUCAGAAGGAAUAAACUCAGUUCAAUUACAGGCUUGAUCAUCAGAAUUUUUGGCAAGUAAUAUUUAUAGUUAGCUUUUUAAAUUCUUAAAUAUGCAGCUUCUUUUGACCCAUUUUUGUAUAAUCAUGUUAUGAUAAAAAGGUGAUUUUAUAAUGCCAUUUUUGUAUAAUGAUCAUGUCAAAAUAAUAAAAAGGUGAUUUUAA